AUGAAAAUGGAAGUGAGGCGUAAGAAUAAAGGUUACUUCAGGAUGGAGCCGGUGCCUGAGGUAGGCGGGCCGUUCAAGAUAAAAACGGAUAGAAACAGUAAUAUACAGACAGGAAUAUUACCACCCGGUGUAAGCGGAGUUUUCCGCCAGAAAUCUUUUGGAACAUGCGACCGACAAAUCUCAGCACUGUCGUCGUAUGUGCGAGCUGCUUGCACCUUGAACACAGCCGGCAGCAUUGGAAAUUUAUUCACUCGCAAAAUGGCUGCCACUGCAAAUACUUCAUGUCCGUGGCCUAAUAGUCAAGAAGAUUACGAUUUACGUGAUGUUAUUGGUGUGGGAGCAACUGCUGUUGUAUAUUCAGCAUUUUGUAAACCAAGAAAUGAAAAAUGUGCUAUAAAGAGAAUAAAUUUAGAGAAAUGGAAUACCUCAAUGGACGAGCUACUAAAGGAAAUUCAAGCCAUGUCCAGUUGCAAUCAUCUAAAUGUUGUCACAUAUUAUACCAGUUUUGUGGUUAAUGAUGAAUUGUGGCUUGUCCUUAAAUUAUUAGAAGGAGGGAGUCUUUUGGACGUAAUCAAACACAAGAUGCGGGUAUCGAACUGUAAGCACGGCGUAUUUGAUGAAGCAACGAUCGCCACUGUCCUCAAAGAAGUGCUUAAAGGGUUGGAGUACUUUCACAGCAACGGACAAAUUCAUAGGGAUAUAAAGGCGGGUAACAUACUGCUGGGAGAGGAUGGAAUUGUUCAGAUUGCUGACUUCGGGGUGUCAGCGUGGCUGGCGACCGGCAGGGACUUGUCUCGGCAGAAAGUCAGGCACACCUUCGUUGGUACUCCCUGCUGGAUGGCACCCGAAGUCAUGGAACAGGACCACGGCUACGACUUCAAAGCGGACAUUUGGUCUUUUGGUAUAACAGCUAUUGAGAUGGCAACCGGCACAGCGCCUUAUCAUAAAUAUCCACCGAUGAAGGUCCUUAUGCUUACUCUGCAAAACGAUCCACCAAAUUUAGAUACCGGUGCGGAUGAAAAGGAACAAUACAAAGUAUACGGGAAAACCUUUAGGAAAAUGAUAAUUGAUUGUUUGCAGAAAGAUCCAUCGAAGAGACCAACAGCGACAGAGCUACUUAAACAUCAGUUUUUCAAAAAAGCUAAAGACAAAAAGUACCUAACGCAGACUCUUGUCGCUAUUGGACCAAGUAUGGAGACGAGGGUUCAUAAAGCAAGUAAGCGGCAGCCGGGUGCUUCGGGUCGUCUUCAUCGCACUGUAACUGGUGAAUGGGUGUGGAGUGAGGAGGAAGACGAGGCUGGCAGGGAGUCGGACGAGGAGCCGGACAAACGACCCAUGAACCAGUUACAGAGGGCGGACUCGAGUAGCGAUAACGAUGAGGAAGCAGGAGUGAGUAAACAAACAAACCAACUGUCUCACGUAACAUCCGAGUCAGUUGUUGUCAAUUUAGUACUGAGGCUUAGGAAUUCUCGUCGGGAAUUGAACGAUAUACGCUUUGAAUUCAUCACGGGGAAAGAUACUUCAGAAGGCAUAGCUGGCGAGCUGGUCGGAGCCGGUUUAGUGGAUCCAUUGGAUUCUGUUCCGAUAUCCACUAACCUGGCCAAACUGCUGGCACAGCGGAACACUCCGACGCCGGUCAACACUGUCACAUUCCACCUUAAUUCGACUCCAGCUAACGAACAGUUUGACGACAAAACUUUGGUCGGAUUCGCGCAGAUUUCCAUAGUCGACAUCGCUUAA